GCAGACGUAAGUUACUUGCUGUAGUUUUUAUUGGUCGUGUUUAUGUUAUUUCAUUAGUUUURAUUAUCAAAAUGUUACGUCGAUUUUUAUGUUUGAGUUCUUUAUUAAUAUUAUUUCCUCAAAUAAUUAAAACUACUACAGUUUAUAAAUGCGGUACAAGAAAUCAAGAAAUUUUAAAUAAUGUAACAGUGACUAUUGAAAAUUGUACUACAUCAAGAUGCUCAUUAAAACGAAACAGUACUAUGCAUAUACAAAUUAAAUUUAAACCAGAAUUUGAUGUAAAGGAUUUAAUCACAGAAGUUUAUGGUAUAGCAUUAAAUAUACCAAUACCCUUAUUAGGAGUAGAUAAUAAAAGUGUAUGCAAUAAUCUCUUUGAAGAAAAUGGAACAAAAAGAAAAUGUCCGGUACUAAAAGGUAGUGCAUAUGUAUAUAAAGACGAGAUAUACAUUACCGAAGCAUAUCCUAAGUUUAAGGUAGAUAUACAUUGGAGUUUAAAGGAUCCCAUUUCAAGAAAUAUUGUUACUUGUUUUGAAGCACCAGCAAAAAUUAUUGAUUAAUGUUUAAUUGUAUAUUUUUAAAAUUUUAAUUCAAAAUAAAUAAACAAAUAUAGUUUGAUCUUCUACUGAACACUUGCAUGUAUACAAUAAUAUAAUAUAUAAAUAAUAAUAAUUAAAAAUAUUUAAAAAAAACUCACUUAA